AUGGCCAACUUCACACAUGUCUCCCAGUUCAUCCUGCUGGGAUUCAGAGGGGGCCCGGGCGUGCAGGCUGCGCUGUUUCUGGUAUUUUUGGCCCUGUACGCCAUCGCCGUGGUGGGGAACUGUGGCAUGGUUGUGCUCAUCCGGGCAGAUGUGCAGCUCCACACCCCGAUGUACGCCUUCCUGCAGAGCCUGUCCUUGUUGGACAUCUGCUACUCCUCCACGAUUGCUCCCCGAGCUCUGGUGCACUUCUGGGACCAGCAGCGCACCGUGUCCUUUGGGGCAUGUGCCGCUCAGUUCUUCUUCCUGUCCCUUUUUGGCACCACUGAGGCCUUCCUGCUGGCCGCCAUGGCCUAUGACCGCUUCGUUGCCAUCUGCAGCCCCCUGAUCUACCCUGUGACAAUGUCCCAGCAGCUGUGUGGACGUCUCGUGUUGGGAUCCUACUCCUGGGGGGCCCUGAAUGCUGUCACUCAGACUACCAUGACUUUCACGUUGUCCUUCUGCGGGCCCAAUGAGGUCAAUGACUUCUUCUGUGACGUGCUUCCCCUCUUGUCCCUCUCCUGCUCGGACACCUUCAUAAACCAGCUGGUCCUGCUUGGCUUCUGUGGCUCCAUCAUUGUUGGCACCUUCCUGGUUGUCUUGGUCUCCUACAUCUACAUCAUCUCCACCAUCCUGAAGAUCCGCACGGCUCAGGGACGCCACAAGGCUUUUUCCACCUGUGCGUCCCACCUCACUGGAGUCUGCCUGUUUUUUGGUACUGUUUUCUUCAUGUAUGCGCAGCCCAGUGCUGUGUCCUCAAUGGAGCAGAGCAAGGUGGUGUCUGUCUUCUACACCAUCGUCAUCCCCAUGCUGAACCCCCUCAUCUACAGCCUGAGGAACAAGGAUGUGCAGCGAGCUCUGAGCAGGGCUAAGUAUAGACUCUCCUUGUGGUGA